CUGUACCUGAGGUCGUGGCUGUAGCUGCUGGGGCUGUACCUGAGCACGUGGGUGUAGCUGGGGGCGGUGCUAGUGGGGCUGUGCCUGAGGUCGUGGCUGUAGCUGCUGGGGCUGUACCUGAGGUUGUGGCUGUAGCUGGUGCUGCUGGGGCUGUACCUGAGGUCGUGGCUGUACCUGGCGGUGCUGCUGGGGCUGUACCUGAGGUCGUGGCUGUAGCUGCUGGGGCUGUAGCUGAGGUCGUGGCUGUACCUGGCAGUGCUGCUGGGGCUGUAGCUGAGGAUGUGGCUGUACCUGGCGGCGCUGCUGCUGGGGCUGCUCCUGCUGCGGCGGUGGCACCGGGAGCGCCAGACGGUGCCGGGGCUGUGCGAGAAGCACGUGCUGAUCACGGGCUGCGACAGCGGCUUCGGGAACCUGCUGGCUCGGCAGCUGGACGCGCGGGGGCUGCGGGUGCUGGCCGCCUGCCUGACCCAGCCAGGGGCCGAGCGGCUGCGGGCGGCCGCCUCGCCGCGCCUGCACACCGUCCUCCUGGAUGUCACCUCCAGCCGCAGCAUCGCCGCCGCCGCCGCCUGGGUGCGGGAGCGUGUGGGUGACCGAGGGCUCUGGGGGCUGGUGAACAACGCGGGCGUCUCCGUCCCCACUGGCCCUAACGAGUGGCUGACCAAGGAUGACUUCACCAAGGUGCUGAACGUCAACCUGCUCGGCCUGAUCGAGGUGACGCUCAGCCUGCUGCCCCUGGUGCGGCGGGCACGGGGCCGGGUGGUCAACGUGUCCAGCGUCAUGGGCCGCGUCUCCUUCUUUGGCGGGGGGUACUGCAUCUCCAAGUUCGGUGUGGAGGCCUUCUCUGACAGCCUCAGGCGUGAGAUGCGUCCCUUCGGGGUGCGGGUGUCCAUCAUCGAACCCGGCGGCUUCCAGACGGGGCUCAUUGACCCUGCAGCCGUGGCCAAGGGCUUCAGGGAUGCGUGGGAGCAGCUCCCAGCAGACAUCCAGGCAGCCUACGGCCACCACUACCUGGACACCUAUGCCAAACGCAGCGUCCUGCUGCAGCGCCUGAGCAGCCGCCGCCUGUCCCGCGCCACCGGCGCCAUGGCACACGCGCUGCUCGCCCGCUGCCCCCGCAGCCGCUACCUGCCCGGCUGGGACGCCCGCCUCGUCCUCCUGCCACUCAGCUACUGCCCAGCCUGGCUCCUCGAUGCCAUCCUCAGCUUCUUCUUGCCCAGCCCGGCCCAGGCGAUGCCCUCAUGCCCCUGA